ACACACACACACAUACACACACACGGCUGAAACAAAAAGUGACCUAGGCCUGGGAUUUUUGCUGUUCCGCUCGCCUCUGGAUUAUUUUCAGCCCCUGCCUUAGCAGAAUUCGGAGCGCGGCUGGAAAACCCCGCGGCGUUUCUGCCGGAUCGGGGCUGCUCCGCCUUCCACUGGGCUGCCGCCCUGCGCGAUAUUCUGAGGGCGUCUCCCGUUUCAGGCGCCGAAAGACAUCCGCCGAGUCUCGCGUCGCCGCCGCGAACGGCCGUUCGUUCCCGUUAUUUCCCCCUAUCUGCGCGUUUGCGCGUGCGCACCGCCAAGCUCCGAACCCGAAAGGGGCGAGCGGGUGGCUCAUUCUCCUCGAGAUCCAGCAGGAUCCGGCCGCAUCCAGCCGAGGCGCAGCGACCGAGGAGCCCCUAUGCCGGGCUGCUGAGGCGGGAAAGGAAGAGAGGAGGAAGAAAAAGAAGAGAGGGCGGGUGGCCUGGGGGGGGGGGGGAAAGCGGCCGCCGUCCCCUCAGCAUGUAAACCGGGAAUGCGAAGCCCGGCGGCCGCAGCAGCAACAGCAGCAGCAGCCGCGCCUGAGGGAGGAGCAGCUCCGGCCGAAUAAACCCCGAGGAGGAGGAGGAGGAGGAAGCGGGUCCCGUCAGCCCCACACACGGCCUGAGGCGGCGGCCUGAGGCGAUGGCUUUCCAGCAGCUGGCGGACGCGGCGGACAAAUGGUGCUCGCGCACCCCCUUCGAGCUCAUCGCCACCGAGGAGACGGAGCGCAGGAUGGAUUUCUACGCCGACCCGGGCGUCUCCUUCUACGUGCUGUGCCCGGACAACGGCUGCGGAGGGGACAGCUUCGUAAGUAGCCACAGGCGACGACCCCCCUCAGGGGGUGUCCUUUUCCCUCCCCCUCCCCCCACAACUGGAAUAAAAUAUUGAGGUGGGGGGGGCAGGCCAGGCCAGCCCCGCCCCAUCAGGUGACGCGACACGCUUUGAAUGGCCACGGACGUCAACUUUUGUUUUUCCUUUUGGGCCCCCCCCCCCUCGCGAGCCCCAUGGAGUUGGCCCCUAAGAAAGAGGCGCAAAAAAUAAUGGGGGAGGGAGAGAAAGACCAGGGAGCCCCUUUCUGUUUCUUUCCCCUGCUGUGUUUCUUUUUCUCUUUGGGGGGGGAUUUUUUUCUAAUAGUAAUAAUAAUAAUAAUAAUAUAUUAUAUAUAUUACCAUGGGGCUGAGGUGUCUUCGCUUUCCUCCCUGCCCCCAUGAAAUAAUAAUAAUAACAAUAAUAUAUUAUUAUUAUUAUUAUUAUUAUUUUAUUUUCCCACCUUUUGGGGGUGAUUCUUCCUUAAGAGUGGACACAGGAGCCAAGACCUAGGGGCAGAAGCAGUGGCAGUGGUUCCCAACCUUUUUUGGGGCCAUGCCCCACCUAAGCAUCUCUAAAAUCCUGAUGCGUUCCCCCCCAUAUAAUUCUUUUUAUUCAAGAAGUGAACUGUUCACACGGAGGAAGCCUAAAAGGCCAUUCACUGUUACUAAUUCAUUCUCAAAUUGCCCCCCCUAAAAACAAACAAACCCAAAAUCAAAUUGCCCCCCCCCCCGUGGGGCAUGUGCCCCAUGUUGGGAACCAUGGGGCUGAGGUGUCUUCGCUCCCCCCCACAAAAAAAUAUCUGAAAUAUUGUUGAUGGGCAUUGCUAUUAGAGUGGUGUCAUGGGAUCAGAUAUGUGGGGCAGGGCUUCCCUGCGCCCCCAAUAUUUAAUUCAAGUUGGCACCCCUGAUAGUGAGGUGGGGGGGGCACAGAGAGAGAAAAGGGGGUCUUGGCCCUUCUGGGCCUUUCAGCCUUUUCAGCCUUCCUCAUGGUUCCAGUCUGGCCAUCCACACUCACAGCACUUGGGAUUUCAUCUGCUUUUGGAGGUGGGGGGGGGGAGCUUAAGUCAUCGAGUGCAUUUGCGCCUCACAUUCAUCUUCGCCUGGGCCGGGAGGUUAACAUUGGCUCCUUUGCCUGGGAGUGAUGGAUUUCCCCACCUGGAAGGAGUCUCAGAGCUGGCAUCAUCUGCCUCAAGGUGUGCAUCCUUUUAUUCUGGCAAGCGCUGGCCCCUUGCUUAAUUUAUUUUUAUAUCUCGUCCUUGCUCCCAAAGGAACCCCCCAGGCAGCAGAACAAUUAAAACAUUGGGGCUUCUUUUGACCCCUAGGCCUUAUGUUUAUUGAUUUCAAUUCCAGCCGGUAUUUUUCUCCAAGGAGCUCAAGGAAACCUGCGUUGUUAUUCUCACCUCCUAGAAUCAUGGAAUUGUAGCAUUGGAAGGGACCCCAAAGGCUGUGUUAGAAAUGGAGCUAUGAAAACUAGGAGCCCAAUGGCACCUGAAACCAAGGUUACAGGCGCAACAACGGAACGUCUAGGUUUGCUUUUUUAAUAACAAGAAUACAAAGCUGAAAAUGAAUGAACUGCAGCAAAAAUACUGUGUUUGUUUUUCACAUGGUCCAGUCCUUUCCCUGUCUGCCCCCCUAAUAUUCUUAAGAGGGUCUUGUCUCCAGUCUUCAGAGAGUAGCUGGAAGUGGGAAGGCAGAAAAAGGUCCUCCUUUCCUUCCACUCUGCAGUUUUAACCUGAAAUCUUAGGCACAGGACUGCGCCCAGAGCUCAGAAACUGCUCUUCUAUUGUAAACAAGAGAAGAGCAUCUCUGAGCUUGUGCAGAGUGCCUCUCCCCUCAGCAAUGUGUAACCUCCUGCUAGAUAUGAGGGCAAGCAGUUCCCCUUUCAUCUUAGACGAUUCUGGAAUUUACCUAUAGGAACUGGUCGGCAAACCAGGAGUCUUGAGUCCCGUGGUUGGGCUGUGUUUGGUGGAUCUCACGUGAUCCGCUGAGGGCAUCUCCAUCUUUCAGAGCGUUGAAGCUUCAGAGAUCUGAUAGUGAAGCUCAAGGUACUCCUUUUUCUGAAAAUGUUGCACAUCCUUCUCACCCCAGAGGAAACGCCAGGCCUUGAACGGUACAGUUCCCAUGUUGUUGCUGCCUUGCAUUUACCCUGGGAGGGGCUGGUGGGAAAUUGCAAGCGUCGCUCUGUGCAUGGCUUGCUAGAGGAAAGAACCUCCUAGCAGGCCUGGGGUUGCAGCGAUAUAAGCAAGGACUGGGUCACUUACUGCUACUAAAUAGGAAGAAUAGAAAAUGUGGGUGCUUGGGAUGAUGAUGUAGGAGGGAAAGGGCAGAGAAUGCAAUCCUUAGGAUUCCUAUUGCUGGGAGCAUCGUCCUUUCCAGAUCAUAUGCAAAAUGGAGUCUGCUUCCCCUGGUCACUGGCAGGUUGGCCAGAAUUAAAAGGCAAUGGGUAAAGGAUCGCUGGACAGUGAAGUCCAGUCUGGAAUGCGGCGCUCAGUCUUGCUUCAGGCUGAGGGAGCCGGUGUUUGUCCACAGAGGUAAUAGAAAGGAGUGAGUUGAGUGAUGGUGGUUUGAAAUUAAGAGCCAGCCCUGUAGGUAGCAUAUUCAAAACCUCUUCCCAGAAUCUGCUGUUUUUCUCUCAGAAGGUAGGUACCAAAGGAUGGGGCAGCAAAGUGUAGGUCUGCCCCGUUUCACCUCCAUCAGAAGUUUGGCUAAUAGCAUGGGUGAAUUGCUAUCACCCUAUCCAGUGGAGAAUGUGUUGUGAUAAAAUGGAGUCAGUAGGAUAACUGCCCUCUCCCCAAGGGGCACCCUUGUAUCAUUUAGUUCCACAAGGGGCUUCCCGAGAGGAAUAUCUUAAAUUUGUUGCUCUGGAGGAUCUAGAGAAAAUUCUUUUCUGAGGGGAUGCCGCUGCUUCUUCUUCCCUUUUGGCGGCCGCUUGGUGGUAGCUUCUUAUGUUUUUCCUGGCAGAAAUAAUGAAUGGGCCUUCACUAGGACCACAAUCACACCAUACAUUUAAAGCACUGUGAUACUGUCAGGGCUCCCCCCAGAGAAUUCUGGGAGCAGUAGCCAGUUAUGAGUGCUGAACUUAGGACCCCCUAUUCCCCUCACAGAACUACAGUUCUCCAAGUCAUUUUACAAUAAAUCCCUCUUUACAGGGAACUCUGGGAGGGGACUAGGGGUCUCCUAACAACUCCCAGCGCCCUUAACAAAUGACAGCUCCCAGAAUUCAUUGGGGGAAGCCAUGACGGUUUAAAGUGGCGUCAUAGUGCCUUAAAUGUAUGGCAUGAACAUGGCCCUUUGAGUUGGUGGCGCCAGACUCAGUUGUGCAUAGAAGAGACCCAUUGAACUCACUAGGCCUUAAUUUAGCAAUGGCUAAUGCAAGUCUCCUUGAUUUCAAUGGGCCUACUCGGAGCAUGGCUUAAGUCUGCAUCUAAUCUAUUAAGGGGAAUUACUGGGUUUUUAUUUCUAGCUCACCAUCUCUCAUGGGCUUAAGGUGGGCCACAUCAAUUUCACUGGAAAAGCCUUGCUGUCUUAAGUACAUUCCCGUGGGGGAAUAGGGCUUGCCACUCUGUAAGUAUGCCCAUGACUCAGAAGCCGUGCUGCACCUCAUUGCAAUUUCUUUUCGCAACAAGCUGAUCAUUGAAAGCCCCUUUGUGGAAAAGGCCAAAAUAAUUAAAAGAGAGCUUGAGACUCAGAGAACUAGCAUGGUGUAGUGUUGGUCUUGGGCCAGUUCUGUGGAACAUUGUACAGUACAGCACAGUUGGGGAAAGGUUGUAGCUCAUGGUAGAGCAUCUGUCUUGCAUGCAGAAAGUCCCAGGUUUGAUUUCUGGCAUCUCCAGGUAGCUCUGGGAGAGUCCGCUUGCCUGAAACCCUGGAAGGCCUCUGCCAGUCAGUGUGGACAAUAUGGGGCUAGAUGGACCAAUGGUCUGAUUCAGUAGAAACUAACUUCCUAUGUUCUUGUGACAGUCUGAGAUGGGAGGUCUCUCGCACGCCUGCCCUUGGCUUUUUAGUGUAAUUGGAGACUUUGCCAAUUAUCACAGCCUAGUUUCUAGACUUCUUCUGAAUUCCCAAAGAGAGGAAUUACUCAUAGAUGAAAAUGGAUAAUAAAAUUUAUUUUUUUGAUAAUAAUAACUGGCCCCAGGACAGCGUUCUCAAUGACACUAGGCACUUUGCCAGGGCUUUUGCAGGGUAAAAAUGGAGAGCAGGCAAGAACGUUACUGCUAUGAUAAUGCAGUUCUGUCUAGUGGGUUAUGCUUUGUAAAGUUCAUUUGAAAGUUUUGAAACAUUGGAUCUGCUUAACGGAAAGCAGCCUACAGUUGAUUUCUUUAAGAACUAGGGCUCCAUAUUUGGCUAGAGUUGCCAGAUUUUGAUAUAAAAAGUUGUGGUUCCUGGGAAGGUUCAACCACUAAGUGGACCUUUGGGAUUAGGGGGCAGAGCCAAGUGUGGGCCUUGUUGGAGUUGGGUGAAAGCCUAAUGGGAGUUUUGUGAAUCCAAGGGUGAUGUCGUGGUUUUGGAAGGUCCAAAGGAGUUCACACAAAACCUGGAAAGGAUAGAUCCUUUCCAAGUUAUAUAGUUUUGUUGUGUGUUUUUAACUGCCUGAAGGGUGGAAAACCAACCUUGCCUGUUGCUUUUCUGGCAACUGGAAGCAAAAACAAACAAACAAACCCCACAACAGCAGCCAGGCCAAAUAAAUAUUUGGUUGAUUAACAGUCUUACAAUAAAAUAAUCAACUGAGUGGCUAGAACGACAUCUGGGCUGCUUUGUGCCUUGUUUCUUAAAGACAUGGAUUUGAAGGCUUAUGUCUCGUUGCCAAUUCACACAACCAUUCUGUACAUGUUGAAGCCAUGAAGAGCUAUUCCUCUUCGUCCCUGAAGCAUUGUAUGUGCCAAACUAGAUCAGAUGCUGUUUUUAGCACAAGUACCCUCUAAAACGAUCGCAUGGUCGGCGGUUCGAAUCCCCGCGGCGGGGUGUGCUCCCGUCGUUCGGUCCCAGCGCCUGCCAACCUAGCAGUUCGAAAGCAUCCCCGGAUGCAAGUAGAUAAUAGGGACCGCUUACCAGCGGGAAGGUAAACGGCGUUCCGUGUGCUGCGCUGGCUCGCCAGAUGCAGCUUGUCACGCUGGCCACGUGACCCGGAAGUGUCUGUGGACAGCGCUGGCUCCCGGCCUAUAGAGUGAGAUGAGCGCACAACCCUAGAGUCUGGCAAGACUGGCCCGUACGGGCAGGGGUACCUUUACCUUUACCUUACCCUCUAAAACAGGGAUGUCCAACCAGUAGACCACGGGAUCCUUAUCGUGUACAAAAAGUUAUGGGUGGAAAAGCUUAAAAACUCUGUACAAUUCUCCUUUAAAAAAAGCUCAGCAACUCUGGGCAAUCCACCCACCCCACCCACGACCCUCCUCCCUCCAGUGACAAUGGGUAGAUCACUGUCAGUUUUUUUAAAGACUUGGAGUAGAUCGCAGUCUCUUGGGAACUGGACAUGCCUGCUCUAAAACAUUCCAUUCUUGCAGCAUCUUGGGUCCUAUGCACACUUGCAUGUUUAUAUCACUCAUUCUCUCCAUGCUAGAUCUGUCUUCUUGCUCACUGGUGUCAUUGGGACUUUGGCCCGCACCUUCAUAAACCAUGGCUUGUGAAAAUGUAGACGGGUGUUGCUAUUGACCCUCCCAUCCCAAGUGUUUCCAUUUGAGAAUUUCAUUCUUCCCCCUGCCAAGAUGGGAUAGUGAUUGUUGCUGGCCCAACUCUGCUAUUCCUGCCCUUGGCUGGGUAGUUAGCUGCAUCACAUUAGUGCUUCCAGACAACAGCAGAGUGUGGCUUUGUUUGUUUGCAUUUUUAAGUGUGCAUUUGCAACAUGAGAGUUGAUAUAGAAACACUGCCUUGUGAAUAAUAAUAAGUUUCAGUAGCUAAGUAUACAAACAAAUAAAAUAUAAAACUAACAGGAUCAAGCAUAGAACACCAACCAAAAAUAUAAAGCGGUAUAGAAAUGAAAUGAAUAAUAAUAAUAAUAACCAAAAGAAAACACGGACUAGGUGUCUACCAUCAAACGCCAGCAUUGCAACAGAAGCAGGGGUGUUGGAAAUCAUUUUACAGAUUCACAACAAAAAUCAAUAGCACAUUACAAGCCUCAUGUGUUGCUUAUGUCUUGGCGGCUGUAGUUUUCAAGCCAAUGGCCAAUAAUGUUUGGAGUUCAUAUCCAGCCACACACAUUUCUGAGAGGCAGGUGGAAGAUUCUGACCCUGCUGUUGGGUCACAUAAGUUAUGAAAGGUUAUCAUGUACCACCCAAUUUUCAGUUUGACUCCCCUCAAGUGUCUAGGUCCCCCCCUUACCUUUUCCACUGGCAGUUAAAGCUUUUGUACAAUAUAAACUAUACAGCUGAGUUAUUGGCAUUCAUGAAAACACCAAUUUUGAUUUCACACAGCAUUUUCAUUAACUUAAGUCCUGUUAAUUUCAAUAGCUGUGUUUCAAACAUGAUAAACUCUGUAUCCAGCCCAUGUUCUUGGUGCUGAACCACUGGUAUCAGCAUGUUCUUGCACAAAUGCUCUAGGAACCAUGAAGAGAACUCUGCUGUCUGCAAGCUGGAUAGGUGGGCUUAAGAGAAAUAAGUAAUCAGAUAAAGAACAGCACUCAGGAGCCCUGAAUUGGUUGAGAAGAAACCUUUAAGCUGCCAGGUUGUCUUUAAGCUGUCUUGGUCUUGUUUUCAGAGAAGAAAAGGAAGAUUUUCUAUGGAACACAGGCAUGUACCACUGAUUAUUUCAAAUUUCAGGUCAGCUGAAGUUAACAAGACGUGUAGUCUUGCAGAGUACACUUAAUCUGACAGUUUGUAAGAGGAAAAGCGAUUCAUAAAGGACCAAAAGUUGUGUGUGUAUUUUCUCACAACCCUCAUUUUAUUCUCACUUUGCUGUUGCAGUUGUGUUCAGUUUUCAGUGGGUUGCUUAGCAAAACUGCCUCCUGUUACAUCCGUGUAGUGUUAAGUCUUUCUGGCGCUGGGUUGACAGUUUUCCUUUGUGAAUUGGACGUGAAUGAAGCUAAACUCCCUUUGCACACGUCCCCCAGGUGAUAGAUGAGCCAGAGAGCUUAGACUGGGACAUGCAAUGGGCAAAGACCAACGUAGCAUGAAGCUUGUCUGAUUCAACAUGUUAACAGAGUUCCCGCUUCUGUUGGCACUUUGGGAUCCAUUUUGUUUUCUAGCAGAGCUUCUGUGCCACAGGUGGUCAAGAAGCAAACAGCAUGAAGAAUUCUAACUAUCUCUAGGUAUUUCAGGGUACUUAAUAUGGGUCAUUGUUAAGGCGUCUCAAACUUUUUGUACAAUAGAGAACCUAAUUUAUUUACCUAAUUUAUUUCACCUUGGGCACAGUGUAGUGUGAGUCUUCUAAUUGCCUAGCCAUGGUUUGCAAAGCAGAGGUGGUCUGUGGGGUCUCAUACCUCUCCACCUUCCCUCCUCCAACUUUGUGAAUUCCCUUUUUUCCCUUUUUUAGAGCUAAGCAUGGUUUAGCAUUGCAUAAUUUGUAGACCCACUUCUAACCACGUUGCAAACUGCGGUUAGAGCAAACCAUGGCUUGCAAAAAUGCCAUUGCAAAUGCAUAAGAAUGUUAGCUCCAAAAAAUAGGAUGGAAAUACUUUAGAGCAGAGGGAGAACAAAGAAAUAAGACUACAGUAAAGGGCAUUUCUUGACCUCCAAACCAUGGUAAUCUAGGGGUGGAGACUGAGUGGCAUUUGUUGUGUGGGUUUGUGUACUCUGCUAAAUAAUGUUUGCGUAUGAUCUUGUAUAACAUGCUUUCAGUUAGGUCUUUGAUGUGAUCCUUGUGUAAUUUUCUUUCUGUUCUUUGGAUUUUGCUUGAGACAUGAAAUUGAUUUUGCUCGUAUGUCGCAGCUGGCAAACUUAAAUGUUCUAAUAUUCACAAUGAAGUAUUAAUAAAAAAUAGCUUGACACCUAUUUUUCCUUGUGAAAAACUGGAAACUGAAAAAGUACCUGGGGAGUGCCAUAUAUUUAGACUGUAACGCUUACAGGAAGAGUAGGGGUAACCUGAUUCGUCCCGCUUUGAAAUAUUCUAUGUGCAGAUGCCCUGGACCUAAAAUCUGGGGUUCUUGACAUGUAAAAGUUAAUAUAUUGACGUUGUUCAAAACAUGGUCUUGAGAUUUUUGUCUCGUUUUCACACAUAAUUGCUUGCUUUCCUCCUAGAGCCAGUUUAUGCAAUCAGCAGAACUGAGUGGUAAACAUUUGCCAGUGAUAAAGCCUUUUUCCAGAUUGUACCAAUGGAAAUGGGGAUGGUGCCUGGUGGGGUGGGUGGAGGAAUCCUUAAAGAAACUGAAAAUAGCACCUCAGGGAGACUUUUUCAGCGUCAUCCAUGAUGCAGCAUUUUUCAUGGAGGCAAAUUCGGACAUGCAAUCUCCAAAGAUUACAUGAGAUGUUCCAGUCUAGGAAAAUCUCUGCUUCCCAAUUCUUCUGCUGACUAUAUGAACUGUAUAGAGCUGAUCCUGGCAAUACAGGACAGAUUUUAUGUAAUAGCUAUUUAUACCUAUAUGCUUUUAUCAUUGGGAAUCUCAUUGCAAAUGUGCUUAUGUAACAAACCUUUCAGAAACGACUUUGAAAUUAAUCCUCUUUAGAUCUGCCUCCUUUUGGAGACAACAUGCGACCUGGUUAUGGUGGGCUGGCCACCCUGGUGCAGAGGCAGUGCCAAUAUGUUCAGCUAACUUAGCUGACAUCUGCCAACAGCUGAGUUUGAACCCUAGAAAGAUGGAGGCUCUGUGGACAGGUAUUUCACGAAUCUGGAAGGUAUGGUGGUUGCCUGUUCUGGAUAGCAUUGCACUUCCUCUAAGGGAGCAGGUACUUAGCUUGGGGCUACUCCUGGAUACAGGAGGCUGUUAGAGGUUGAGGUGACCUACGUAAGACAGGCCUUCUGUUUCCAAGGGAUGGAGACACACAAACAUGAGGGUGUGUGGGUGUGUGGGUGUGUGUAGGUGUAGGUAUAGGUAGAUGGAUGGAUGGAUGGAUAGAUAUUUCAUAGACGGUAUUAAUUGCAUUUUAGCCUUCUUCCAAGUGGUGCACAUGUCUCUCAACUCCUGCUUUACAUUUACAACAACCCUGCAAAGUAGGUGAGGCUGAGAAACUGACUGGCUCAAGGUCACCCACUGAGCUUCACAGAUGAGUUGGGAUUUGAACUCUGGUUUCCAGAGUCCUGAUCUAGCACUCUUAUCCACUGAACCGCACUGGCUCUGAUUAGCCCCUCUGCAUUUUGAACCCUACCAGCAAGUCAGUUUGUAACCUAAUUAAGUGCCUGCACUAAUUAACAUUCUUCUUCUUUGUUCUGAAAGACUGCAGGUGUGGCUAGAUCAAUGCUGUAGCUAUGUGUUGUCCCAGACAUAUUGGAUGUGAAUUUAUAUCUGAAGUAGAGAGUUGCAUAGGGAAUAAAAGGGUGGUUGAGUGUGAUAACUGGAGGGGACAUUAUAAUGUGAGUAAAAUGUUGUGCGUAUAAUCAAAAAGCUGGAGAAAUCAAGAUGAUUCUUUGUGAGGGCGGAAUCAUUCCUGCCCAAUCACAUCCUGGUCAUUUCCCAAUGCUGCCUUCAAAUUUUGGGGAUCUUUCAGUGAGAAGACUUAAGGAGCUAGUUCCUGUCCACCACACCACUCCCCAUUUGCUUGCCCUCUUUGUUGGAAGCCAGUCUGUAUGGCAAGCAAUGUCCUUCAACUUGGCUCCUCAUAUAUAGCAUUGAACUACAACUCCCACAGUCCCCAGCAGCCUGGAAUGAUGGGAGUCGUAGUCCAGCAGCAUCUAAGGACCAAAGGUUGAAGAGGCAAGUAGAACUUACAGCUCAUUCUCCUUGCCCCUGCCAUUGCUUGCUUGCUCGCAGAGGUCACGUGAGCAGUAACUGAGAGCAAGGUGGAGGUGCAGCAGGACUGCUGGUUCCAUGGAUGGGCAGCGGGCCACAUCCUGAGACGUGGCUUCUGCAGGUGCCUGUCAGUGCCAACCUCUGGUGCUGGCCCUCAGCUCUCCUCAUUAGCUGCGUUGCUCACCAAGACACCUGGCUGCCAGUGCAGGAGGGAAGGGAGGUCCAGGACUGACGCAGGAGCUUCUGCGUUGCACAGGGGAAGUGUGUGCAAAUUCCUGCUUGCUGUGUUACCCCAGAGGUGUAGAAAAAGCUGCCACUGAUCAGACUUGAAGUCACUGCCUGUCAGCGGAUGGGCAGUGGCUUCAUUGAUCAAUGGUGGCUUUUCCUGCACCUCUGGGGUAACACAGCAAGCAUGAAGAGGGCCAGGGAAUUUCAACAUGGGCUGGGGAAAUGGGCCAAAUUGGGAUCCGGGCCAAGCCAAUUUUGGGCAGUGGGUGAGAGAUUCUGCACCCCUGUGCUAGGGUGACACAGCACUUUAAUCCGUUUUAGGUGCACAAACCUAAAAUUCUGAUAUGCCCUUGACUCCUUCCUCCAAAAUGCUGACAGUCUGGAGGCACCACCCAAUAUAACAAUUCUGCUACUUUGACUUGGUACUUGAGUUUGCUUUUCCUCCUCUCCUCUCCCCUCCCCAUCCUUUUCCUUUUGUGUCAUGAGCCUGAGGGAGGUGACCCUCUCCCUGUUGCUCUUUGUAAGUCACCAUGUGGCUGGAGAGCAGAGUAGAAAUCCUUUAAACAUUUGUGGCAACGCUGAGUCUAUGCAGAGGGAAGAUUUAUAUGCAACCACAUAGCCACUGGACAGCAGAGAGUUAGAUGGGGGCUGCCAUUGGGUUAAGGCUCCUGGGUUUUAACCUGUUCCUCCCCACAGCUCUCUAUAGAUCACUCUACAGCUCCAGAAUCUCUCCAUAUCAGUUUUAUUGCUUUUUAAACUUCACUGCCUGCAUGAUUAACCCCUGCUUUGUCAUGGCUUGCCUUUGCAGCACGUCUGGAGUGAAAGCGAGGACUGCUUGCCUUUCCUGCAGUUGGCGCAGGACUACAUCUCCUCCUGUGGUAAAAAGACACUGCAUGAAAUACUGGAAAAAGUCUUCAAAUCAUUCAGACCUGUAAGUGUCCAUUUUUUUACCCUUUGGCUUUAUUGCAUUAAGAGGUUUUGUUUUCAACAUGCCAGACCACAAACACCACACGCUUCCAUGAUCGUUUCCCAUCAUCACACAUAAAUGUGUGUAAGCAUAAGUUUAUUUUUAAGAGCUUUAUUUUUCUGUCUCCCGUUUUCCAAACAGACAUUCCCAGCUGGGACGGAAAGCAACUCAAAAGGGCCCGUCCAUCCCAUAUGAGAAUUGAUACACACGUUGUUUUUUUAUUUCAGCAUGCAGCAUCUAAAGAACUAGAGUAGUUGGCUGUGCUGGCAGACUCUGAUGUGGAAUUAUUUCCUGGCACCUCUGUUGUGAAAUUUCACAAUCUACUGAAAUUGAAAAGGGUGGAGAACUGAGCAUGCUCUUUCCCCCUGAGAAAACAUUACACUAAGAAGAAUCAGGUGUGUUGCUCCUCCGUCCAAAGAAUGAGGAAGCAGUGGCCCUCCAGAGACCGUAGGACUUCAUCUCCCAUCACCCCUGACCUUUGGGCAUGGCAGCUGAGGCUGAUGGGACUUGGUGUCCAACAACCACAGGUGGAGCUUCAGGUUCCCCAGUCUUUCUCUGCCUGCGCUGCUCCAGUAAUGCUAAACUAGGAACCUCAGGUCAGCGGGACAACUGUGGUUACUCUCCAUAGGGGCAUCUUCCCUAGGUGCACACAGCCACAGGAAGUGAUUCUCUUGUCAGCCCCUGCCAUGUGAUCUCCCCUGCUUCUCAUGUGUCUGGAGUAGCGCAGGAUGGAAGCACAGAGGGAGCCAUAGUUGCACCCAUCCUGUAUGACAGGGGUGCCCUGAAGAUGUUGCUGACAUGUUGUUGCAGCUGAUGGGAGCUGGAGUCCAGCUUGGCCCCGAAUGUGCAUCUCUCAGUUAUGGUUUAACCCUAGGCAAUCUUGACAUUGUAGGGCCUGCAUUAGAUGCUCUCCAUAGGGCUGCUUCCAGCCUGGUGAUCAAAAUAUCACAACCCCAAAACUCACUUACGUGGAAGUUAGUUUUGUUAAAAGUGAAUGGGCAGCAGUGCCAUUUAAGGGCAGACGUCACAUUCACCUUUUAUCCUGCUCUGAACACAACCUUGCCUUUAACAACUUACCUGGUAGCUACAGGCAACCAGGAAUUCCACACGGAACAAGUGAACAGGCUGGUGGCGGCGUCGGCAAAGGGAUUUCUCUUCCUCUUCCUCCAGUCCACUUGGUUUCCUGGUUGUCUGUUGAUCCAACCCUCUGUUCUGUCCUCUCUUCACCAGCCUUUGAAAGAUGUCAUCUUUCUUUUUCACUACAUUGUUAAGUGUGCUGCGUUUCCUUGCUGUAUGCAGAAGAGGGGGCUUCCUGGUUAACUUCCCAGCAGGUGAGUCAGUGUUUCUUACUGGGAUGGGGAGCAAGGCGGCAGGGAGGUCAGCACAGUGCAAGAGCACUACAGGAAGCAAUAUAGUGUAUUUGCACUGUACUAACUGCUUCACCUGUCUCCCUCCUGGUAAGCAACAGUGAACUCACCUGCUGGGAAGCUAGCAUAACAGUUCCUCCUCCUACUUCUGCUGGAGACACAGCCUAGUACCUAGCAGGCUAGUAAUGUCUGCAGGCUUAUUUACAAGGCUGCAUGAAUGUAUUAGAGUCAGACUAAUGGCCCAGUAUUAUCAACAGAUCUCCAGGUUUGCAGAGCUAACUCCGGUAUCUAAAGCUCUUGAAGGGAAGAUUUCCCUCAACAAGUAUGGCAGCCCCCAUUGCUGUGAAGAAAGGAGGUUUAUGUGCCUGGGUUUCUUUACACAUUUUUAAUUAUUAUUAACACCAAAGAUGUGUGAAAACUAAAUGAACCAGAGGUGUCUACAAACUUCAGCAUCCUACAGGUGUGCUCAUUCAGGGAGCUGGAGCUGGCCUCAUUUUAUUGAUAAGUAUCUUAGGAACAAACCAAGUCAACUGCUGCCUAAUGUGUGAAUUGGCCCUCUCUGGCCCACGAGUCACUGAGCUGUUACACUCCUUCCCGCAAUUUUAAAUUCUUUUAUGUGGUGCUGCAAAUAACCACAUCCUCAAUUUGUUCUUGGAGUUAGAACAUCAGUGCUGUUGCCUGGUUGUUUUGCCCUUUUGUAUUACACUCACAAUUUUAUUUCUGUCGUCUUUAUAAAUAGCUAUUGGGGCUUCCAGAUGUAGACGAUGAUGCGUUUGAAGAAUAUAAUGCAGAUGUGGAAGAAGAAGAGGCGGAAGCCGAUCACCAGCAAAUGGGUGUCAGUCAGCAGUAAUUUUCAGAGGAAGUGAAAUAUAUUUUAUCCUACCAGGUGGGAUCGCUAUGCUUCCGCAUUAGCAUUUUUGAAUGACGCAUCACACUGGAAAAUCUGACUCCCAAACCCAAAGUUUAAAGAAAACAACAAUAUUUUUCAAAGUCUGUGAUGAGCUUUGCUAAGAAGUGGCCUGAAUUUAACUCCUGCUUCAGUGAGGUUUCUAUGGUGUUGUCUCAGUAGCGUUCUGCCAUUGUUAACUUAGAACUAGGGUUUUUCUUUUCUUCCUGCUGACUUGUCUUUUGUUUUGUUUUGUUUUAAUUAUUAUCAUUUUUUUAUUUGUUUGUAUAGAAUUAACAUUUCACUGACGUGAAUGUGAUUUGAAUGUAGGAACUAUUUGGUUGGUGUGUUAAGUACUUGCGUGACCUUACAGAGGACCAUCCAUGCAGAGAAUAAAUGCAAUCUGCACUUUCAGUCUUA